AUGGGAGUGACGAUGGCUUCCGUUCAUAAGAUUUCCUUUUCCAUAAUUGACAUAUUGGAUCCGCACAAAUUCAACAGCAAAAGGGCGAACGAAGUUUCCAUAGUGAAGGAGAAGUUUGCUGCGCCAAAAGCGGAGGAAAAGAGUUUGGAGUGGGAGAGCCCAGCGGGGGAAGACUUCAGGGAAGAGCGCACUGAUACAGCUGCGGGGGAAGAGUCAGGAGAUGAGGACUCCCUGCUCUCCAGUCAUCCCGAGGCGGUGGCAGACGCCCUUCUCCUCUCCCCACCGGCCCACACGGAGCCCUGUCUCUCCGGAGACAAGGACACGGUCAUCUCCACGCAGGACCCGUCGGCGCACAAGCGGCGGCGUCCGGACCAGUCCUGCGCCAAACCCCGGCGCGCCAGGACGGCGUUCACCUACGAACAACUGGUGGCUCUGGAAAACAAGUUCCGCGCCACCCGCUACCUGUCCGUGUGCGAGAGACUAAACCUGGCCCUGUCCUUAAGCCUGACCGAAACCCAGGUGAAAAUCUGGUUCCAGAACAGGAGGACCAAGUGGAAAAAGCAGAACCCCGGAGCGGACAGCACCCUGCACCCCGGCUCCCACUCCCUGCUCAGCGUCAGUCCCAACCCGAACACAUGCGGCCCCAACUCUGGCAGCUUCCACCAAACUUUCUCCAACUUCAGCUCUGGGAAUGUGAUUUUCCACACUGCUGCUGGUGUUCCGCUUUCCUCCACUGGAGGGCUGUUGCAUCCCUUCAUGUCCAGUGGAUAUGUCCAACCGACUUAUUUUAAUCCACACCUAUAAAAAAAAAAUAAGACUAAAAAUAAAUCACUGACACUCAGACUUUGGACAUAUGAUAUCUUUGAAAUGCUUUGGGACUUUUAGAAUUCUUAGUCAGAGCAGAAACCUUUAAGGUGGUUCACCAGCUGGUUCACUGUGAAGGGAGUUGGAACUUAAUUAAAGUAAAAAAAGCCUUUUAAUUGUUUCUUUAUUUUAUAUCUUUGGGAAUCUAAACUUCACAGUAUAGUCUUUCACAUGCAAUAUUGGUUAAAUAAAUGGGUUUUGUAGGAGCUUGUGAAUUAAUUUUCCUCAGCUGGUCAAAAGACCUUUCCAUUGAUUUUGCUGGUACAACUCAUUACUGUAUUACAACUCAUACAGGGAUAUUUUAUACACAGGUCUUUUUUAUUACAGUGCAUAUAAAUCUCCAACAUAAUUUGCAAGACUUCUCUACCUCUCACACUUGCAUAUCUCACACCUUAUGUCAUA